AUGAGGCGAAAGAAACUUACAGAAGGACCGCUAGACCACGAACUUGCCUGCGAGCUCAAUUAUAUCAUCACCCCAAAUUUCAACAGUAUGUAUGCCUUGGCUACAUCUCCAGACAGCGAGUCUAACAUCUUUGCAGUGCAGUUUAGCUCUCUCACCUUCGCUGUCCUCCUCUGCACAGCUUCAGGAGCUCUUGCCCAGAACCAGCCAAGGGACAAGUACAAGUGCUAUGUGCCUUUCGAUACCUGCGACAAGCCCAUUCCCGCAGAGCUGAAGGCAUCGAUGGCCAAGGAAUUCGGUACCCGCAGCGAAUGCAGAACGACAGAAGUCGUCUACUACGGCGCCCCCGACGCCGCGAUUGAGGGCGUCUACUGCGAGCCCGGCCCGGUUCGUGCCAUGGGCGGAAUGUUCAGCUACAGCGUCGGUCGCGUUUCUACCGCGUGCCACGCAAAGUGCGAGAUCUGGGGCUAG